AGCGUGGAGCUGUUGUCCAAGCUUAUACCUGACCACGCCCGAAAGCAAUGUUCCUUCCUCGCUGUCUAAGUGACUAAACCUCUCUAUGUGUAAUGUACACAUGCAUAUGCUUUAAGUAAUGGAGUUAGCCUUCUCAAGAUUAUUAAUUUGUGUCGUUUAUUGUCACGUGUCACAAGUCCCACGGAUGAUUAGACAUUUUUUUAAAACUAAAAUAGCUAUGUACUCUGAAUGACUAAUGUAUGUAACGGUCUUUGCCUUGCUGCGCUUGUCAUACCUUUUGGUUCUAGCGAAAAUUAUUAGUACUCUGAAUGAUUGAUUGUUGAAUCUAAAAAUUUAACUCGGCCCAUUGAAACAGGCCUAAAUAUGUUUCCCUUAAAUGGGCCUUUUCUUAAGUGUUUAUAUGGGCCCACUGAAAUUAUCCAUACAGUCCUCUCCUCUCUUCGUUUUCGCCGGAAUCAUCUUUUCUCACACUUCACGGCUUUUUGCAAUAAGACUUGCCGAAGCUUCGUGUUCAGUGAUCGAAGUUGCAAGAAAGAGAGAGCGUGGCGCGGAGUCUCGGAUGCUCAACAACCUUACCCGCGGCGGUUUGAUGUACCGUGCCGGCGUCACGAUGUUAUCUUCGGCUACUUCUUCCUCCUCCUCUGCUGCUUUAUCGUCUUCAUGGAAGUCUAAGUCUCCGCGAUUUCUCAGCUCCGGUGUGUUCUCGGGUGGUGCGUCGAGGAAUCGCGUGGCCUUUCCCGUUCGUUUUCAUCGCGCUUUAUCUGUUCGAUGUUUUGCCUCUUCUGGAGGUUCUGAUAGGAUUCAGGUUCAGAACCCAAUCGUUGAAAUGGACGGUGAUGAAAUGACGAGGGUGAUAUGGAGUAUGAUAAAGGAUAAACUUAUUUUGCCUUAUCUGGAUCUGGAUAUUAAGUACUUCGACUUGGGGAUUCUGAAUCGCGAUGCUACUGAUGACAGAGUUACAGUUGAAAGUGCUGAAGCUGCUCUUAAGUACAACGUUGCUAUCAAAUGUGCCACUAUAACUCCUGAUGAGGGCAGAGUGAAGGAGUUUGGACUGAAAUCAAUGUGGAGGAGUCCUAAUGGAACAAUCAGAAACAUUUUAGAUGGAACUGUUUUCCGUGAACCUAUCAUGUGUGGCAAUAUCCCUCGGCUUGUUCCUGGUUGGAGAAAACCAAUAUGCAUUGGUAGGCAUGCCUUUGGUGACCAGUAUCGUGCCACGGAUCAAGUAGUUAAAGGACCAGGAAAGUUGAAAAUGGUUUUUGUCCCAGAAGAUGGGAGCGCACCUGAGGAACUAGACGUAUAUGAUUUCAAAGGCCCAGGUGUAGCUCUGGCUAUGUACAACGUAGAUGAGUCAAUUCGUGCUUUUGCUGAGUCAUCUAUGGCGAUGGCACUUGCAAAGAAAUGGCCACUAUACUUGAGCACCAAGAACACAAUUCUUAAAAAAUAUGAUGGCAGGUUCAAGGACAUAUUUCAAGAAGUUUAUGAGGCGAAUUGGAAGCAAAAGUUUGAAGAGCACUCAAUAUGGUAUGAACAUCGCUUAAUCGAUGACAUGGUGGCUUAUGCAGUAAAGAGCGAAGGUGGAUAUGUCUGGGCUUGCAAAAAUUACGACGGUGAUGUUCAAAGCGAUCUUCUUGCCCAAGGGUUUGGCUCACUAGGCCUCAUGACCUCAGUUUUGUUAUCCUCUGAUGGGAAAACACUCGAGUCAGAGGCGGCUCAUGGAACCGUAACUCGACAUUUCCGACUGCACCAAAAGGGACAAGAGACCAGUACUAAUAGCAUCGCCUCCAUAUUUGCAUGGACACGCGGCUUAGAACACAGGGCAAAACUGGAUAAGAACGAAAAAUUGAUGGAUUUUGUCAAGAAGCUCGAGUCGUCGUGUGUUAACACUGUUGAGACAGGGAAAAUGACCAAGGAUCUUGCCCUUCUGGUCCAUGGUCCCAAGGUGAGUAGGGAUGUGUACUUGAACACAGAAGAGUUCAUUGAUGCAGUUGCCUCCAAUCUCCAGUCAAAGCUCAAUUGAGCCUCUACUUUUGUCUGACCAUUUCUGCCAACAAUACAAAAAAUAAUGCUCGCCACUGUUUCACGUUAUGAACAAACAAAAAAACUAGUAUUGGCGGGUCUAGUGAUUUUUCUUUUGGAAUUACACGUUUGUUUAAGUUGAAAACUGUGUUUUUUCCUUACCAAAAGAUGAAUUUCAAUU